AUGAGCGCUGCUCGUGCGCUGCUCAACACCCACGUCGAUCGGCCCGCGACGCACAUUGUGAGCGCAAUCCUCAACAUCGCCAAGCAGGCGCACUCGCCGUGGCCCAUCGGCAUCCGCAGCCACGACCGCAAGCUAUACCGCUACCCGCUCGAACCCGGCCGGAUGGUGCUGUAUGAGAGCGCGCGGUGCCUGCAUGGCAAAGCCCACCGAUUCAAUGGCACCGAGUACGCAAACCUCUUUGCCCUGAAGUGGCACCGGCUCGUCGCUCACGACAAGGGGAACGCGAAAGGGCACGGAGGAAGCCAGUUGAUGUCCAAGCUUCACCUGCUGACGCGCACAGCGAAGCGCGGCAACGGACCAGCGGAGGCGGCGGGGACAUCACCAGCACGGGUGCGUCCACCGCCGGCGCCCGUUGCAGAACGUACCAUUCCUGGCGUUGCCCACGGAGCACCGUCGGCGGGCGAGUGGGGUCGCUCGCUCCUGAAGCUGGGUUCCCUCUUCAAGCAGUGA